AUGGAGUAUCACCUUGCUUCAGAGAUGAAUGGAGUAGUUGCUAAGUACCCGAACAUGUGCAUCGAGUCUAAACAUGAUGUUUUGUGCGGAGAAGAGAAGGACUCCAAGGAUGCUGCAGACAAGCAGUCUCACAUUGAGAAAUCUUACACCACCAUACUGAGCGAGCUCGGCGAGGACGCCAACCGAGAGGGACUUCUGCGUACACCACUGCGUGCAGCCAAAGCCAUGCAGUUCCUCACUAAAGGCUACAAAGAAACAACUCAAGAUAUCUUGAACGAUGCAAUCUUUGAUGAAAACCACGAGGAGAUGGUGAUUGUCAAGGACAUCGACCUGUUUUCUCUCUGUGAACAUCACCUGGUGCCCUUCUUUGGCAAGGCUCACAUAGCAUACCUCCCAAACAAGAAAGUGGUUGGCCUCAGUAAGCUUGCUAGAAUUGUUGAGAUCUACUGUAGGAGGCUUCAAGUUCAGGAGCGUCUAACCAAACAGAUUGCUUCAGCCAUCUCUGAGGCGUUGGAGCCUGCUGGAGUGGCUGUGGUGAUUGAGGCUGUCCACCUGUGUAUGGUGAUGAGAGGUGUACAGAAGACUAACACCAGCACCGUUACCAGUGUCAUGCUGGGAAGUUUUCAUGAUGAUCCCAAGAUCAAGAAAGAGUUCUUUGGCCUCACAAUGAGGAAGUGA